UCGACACAGCAUAAUUCAGCAGGCAAGAUUGUGUCGUCCUGUCAUUCCAGCACUUCACAAGCCUUUCUUUCCAAUGUUCCAACGACCCUCUGGAUCUCCGGGACAGAGAAUGUCCUCGCAACCUCCGUCCCCUGCCCCGAAAUACAAGCUGGUCUUCUUCGUUCCCCUUUCACACGUCGAGGUCUGCAAGGAAGCAGUGUUUGCUGCCGGUGCAGGCAGUUAUCCCAAAGGCAAAUACAGUAAAGCAUGUUUCCAGUCACUGGGGACAGGCCAAUUCCUUCCUGGUGAUGGCGCGAACCCGAACAUCGGUAAGGUGGGGGCUAUUGAGAAAGUGGAAGAGAUGAGAGUCGAAGUCCUCUGCUUAGGGAGAGAAACCAUGUUAAAGGCAGUGGAUGAGUUGCGAAAUGCUCAUCCGUAUGAGGAGCCUGGGUACGAGGUUUACAAGUUGGAAAAUGUUUAAAAGGUCCUUUUUUUUUUCUCCUAAAAGCUUCCCGGUCCCUCUUCCAAAUUAUUCUUACGGCUCUUGAUGGAUAUGAUGGAGCCUGCUGAGACUAUCGAUAUUCACAUAAGCAUUUUCGUGCUGCCACUUCACCCAUCUCCCCGGCAAAUUUUGAUGCCCUAACUUAUGCCCUCUCUUCUAUUUUGACUAAUGCAAUCGGGUCUUACAAACAAAUCUCACGAUGUCAUUUUUAUCUGCAAACGAACACCUCAGAGCUAUCACUGCAUUCCAUCACUCUACUCAAGAUUUCAAAAUCAAACAGUCGAGGAGGAUUAAAACGAAGCAAAUGAGAUAAGAGCGAAAGAAAGAAUAAACAUGCUUGAAGGGUAGUACCAACACAAUUCAGCAUGGUCACAAUCCAGGCGUCUUGGGGAAUUCAGUUCCACCCGGCC